UUUGUUUUGUAUUUUAUUAGUUCUGGUCACCUAAAAUACACAAGAUUUUUCCUAAAAUUGCUAAUGUUAAAGUCAACUAAAACCCAUAGUCAGAUUGCUAUCCACAUAAAAAUGAAUAGAAAAUUACAAAUCAGACCAGAACUCCUGUCUUGACUUAUUUUGUUUUCUCUGUUUGCAUGCAUAUUAUUUCCAAAUUAUCUUACCAUUCACCACUUGCUACCAAGUCUUUCUUGGUCUGCCUUUGUCCUUUGCCCCAGGAACUAUCAAGUCUCUACAUUUUCUUACGCAAAUAUUCUCCUCCAUUCUUUUCAAGUGCCACAGCCAAUUCAAUCUUCUUAUCUGGAUAACAUCUUUAAUUCUACGGAUACUUAGCCUGCUUCCUAUCUCAUGAACUCUUUCUGUCUGUCAGACUGGCUUUACACAUUCACCUGACCAUUCUCAUAUCAUUCCUUUCUAAACGGUCAAGAUCUUCCUGUUCAUUACCCAUGUCUCACUACCGUACAACAUAACGCUUCUUACACAGGCCUCAUACAACUUACGAUGCUCAAUUACCCCCUCAAGACUCGGGGUGCUUAUUAAAAAGUAGCUGUUUAAUGGAGCAUUUGCAAAUGAAAUUUAAAUUUUUUGAAAUUAAGUUGUGGGACAAGCCUGAAAGAUAUUUUAAGAGUCUCAGCAGCAGAGAAAAAUAAGAUCUUUGUUGUGUUAUAAUGUGGAGGAAAACAGUGUUAACGAAAAAUGCAGUAAGGAUGAAGAUAAUAUAUGUCAUAAUUUCUGCCAUAAAUACUUUUAUUAUAUACCUGUCAACUAUUUCAUAUACAAUAAAUCUAAAUGUUCUGUACAACCGUGCAAUAUCUGACGCAAUAUUCCAUGCUUGUUUCGAUAUUUGCAAUUUGACUCCCGUAAAAUGUUCAAAUCGAUUUUUUUUUUAUAUUGUUGCUUCCUUUCAUGCCUUCACAACCUUCUUGCGCGCAUUUCAGUUUUAAUUCCCUGGGGUUAAGUGCUUAGUGUGCAUGCCAAGCGUGCUCCACUAUCUUUUUCAGUUUUUUUACUUUCAGCGGCUCCAACAUGAGCAAUGGAAAACACCGAUUUGGACCAACAGGCAACUGAUUGGUUCAAGAACAUGUGACAUUUUAAAUUCUAAUUUUCUUGUUUUUUUUAGCAGUUGGUUUGGAAGGUUGAAGAAAACUACGUAUCGCAUUUUACAUUUAAAGGUUGCAGGUUGUUUAGUAAGCUGAUUAACAUGGAUAGCAAACAAAAGAAAAGUCGUAAAAGGAAAUCUAUUCGAAUGCCGGCAUCUAAGAACCAAGGUGCGGAAAAGAGGUGGCUUGUUGAAAAUUCCGUGGAACCGCAAAGACAAAUAUCAUCCCCCCUGCCCAAGAAAAAAAAGAUUAAAGAUAAAAGGAAAACUCAAACUGUGCAGGGAGAGCCAUCCAAAAUUAUAACAGAGAAAAGUCGUAAAAGGAAAUCUAUUCGAAUGCCUGAAUCAAAUAAACAUGGUGCGGAGAAGAGGUGGCUGGUUGAAAACCCAGUCGAAUCAGAGAGCACGAUAUCUACUGAAGAGGAAGCGCCGAAUUCGUCUUAUGCAUUCGAUGACAUUUUGUUUGGUAUAUCACCUGGAAAUCCUUUAUUACAGAUAUUACCUGGAGAAGGUUCUAUUGAGUGGUUUGAGAUGGGUGAAGAAAAUUUUACUGAGACUGUAAACAAGCCAUUAUCUGUUAACACUCGUCCGGAUAACCACCACCACGAAAUUAAGCGGAGAAAAUCGUCAAGGCCACAGAAGAGGAUAUAUGAUCCUGAAAAAGAUUAUUAUUAUUCUGCUGCAGCGACUUACCGAUACCAUAAUUUACAUAAGGAUGAUUGUGUAAAAUGUUUGUGCUGUGGUCAAUCAGGCUUGGAUUCCGCAGGAAGGAGGAGGUCAACCAGGAAGCGAAAAACUCCAGAAAGGUUGAAGUACACCGUCUUCCAUGCUAAAAAAGAGGCAAACACUGCCACCAUUAAGAGAAAAGAAGAGAAGUCCUGCGUAGCUGCGCAGAUCCCUCCAAAUUUUAAUGUUGAAGAUGUUAUAAAGGAUAUACUACCUGAUGUACCAAAUGAAGAAAGAAAAGUGGAAAAAAGUCUUGACAAGCCGUUAUUUGGGAGGAGACCAAGGAAAAAAGCAAAAAAAGGAAAUGCUGCAGUCUCUAUUACUCUUGUUUCCCCGAAAUCUGUUAUUGGCCAAAUACAACUACUAGAUGGCGAAAGGAACUAUGUUACUGCCCUAAAGGACAUCGCAUUUCAAUCUAUUGAUGGCAGAGUUGUUUGUCAUUUAAUAAACAAAUCUCUGCACAUGAAAAAAGGGGAUACAAUACAUAUUCCAAAAGGUCAACAAUACAAGUUGGAAAAUACAUGCCAAAAAAAGCGAAAACGUAAUGUACUCUUUGUACGGUACGAAUGAUGUAAACAUAGUUUUUUUUUUCUGGUCUAACAUGUUAGCUAUUAAAACAGUCCUCAUCUUCGCCUAGUUAAUACGUAAGUUUAAGUUGCAUCUUUUGGUUCUUGAAAGACGCAAGUUAAAAGAAUGAGGCUGUUUUGUCACUAUUUCCUGACAGCUCUUCUUAUCCUCCAACCAAUGCUACAGUUAAAAAAAAAAAACAAUCUAAACUGAUCUGUCUAUAAAAAACAAUGUAAAGCAUUUUUUACCAUAUUUGCAUAUAUUUAUUACAAAAUUAUCAGACAUUUAAUACUCGCACUAUAAUGCACAGGAAGAUGCUUGAAAAAAGAGGAAAUCUAUUAUUAAACUUGCAAAACAAUGUGCCCUAUAUCGUUCUCAUUCACUCCUGUUAUAACAUUUUGUGAUAACCAGAUGCACAAGAUCUCACUUCGAAUUAUGGCAAAUGAAAUUGUAGUAUUCAAACAUGCAGCAACGGUACUUUAAAUUUUGAUCUCUUUUUUUUUACCAAUCUUGUUGGCAACACUGAUAAAAUCUUUUUUAUUUCAUUGUCAUAUUUCUGUAAACAAGACAACCUCUCUACAACUGGUCUUGCAUACUUCUCUGUUUUUUGUCUUCGUAUUGCCUGAACACCCACUUAAAGUUGAUAACGAAUCCCUGGAAAAAUUCUUUUUUGGACAGGUAAGUGUUUUCUUUUUUCUGUGUUUUCGAAGACAACCAGCUUGAUGCUGCUUUCAUAAAGGCAGCUCCGUUAGUUCACCCUGGGUCUUAUCAUUUCGUGUUUUAGAGCUUCUAGCUUUCAUUCUUGUUAAUUUCAUUGACAUUGGCUUUGCUCUUCAUCUUUUUUUAAUGGAUAUUUUUGCAAUUUCUCAGUCAAUCUUCUUGAAUUUUGAAAUUAAUUGUUGCACAUCUCUAAAAGAAAUCUAAAAUGCUAUGCCACCUAAUCUUGAUAGUAAAGUUAAUUGCUUCCUUUUUAAGCUGAGACAUAUAUUUGCCUUCUGUUGGAGCUUGUAUCAGUUCCCUGUUAAUACAUUAUCUAGCCUCUGUAUUGAGAAAUCAUUAGGAUAUCUCGUUUUAAGUCAUAAACAAACCUACGUAGCUUGUUCACUUUUUGAAAUAUCUGUCACUUUUUCGAUUUGUUUGAUUCACAGCUACACCAAAGUAUCUCAUUUUCCUUUGUACUUGUUUUUGCACCAAUCCAGUGUAUCUACCAUGAUACGUUAUGCCCCUAUAUGUUUCUUUUUCUCCUCUUUGAACAAUGUUGAAGGUGUAGUGUAAUGAUUUAUUAAAUAUUUUGUAGUAAAUGCUGUUUGAUAAAGUAGAAAUGCAUCUGUACCAGCUUGUUCAAAGACUCUCAUUGCAUACUGAUGGGAGUCCUGCAUAAAGCUGUUGUGACCCUGCUGCUUUUAGAAUGUCUGACCUUUUUGUUGCAAUAAUGUAUUUGCCAAUGAUGUCUCAACCCCUCCCCCCAUAUUCCAAUAGAUCUUACACCAGGGUUUUAGUCUAAAGGAAAGCAUCUACAGUCAAGGCAAGUUAAAAGUGACAAUGAAAUUUCAUUUGGUGUAUUAGUGCACAACUUUUCCAUCAUUUUUGCUACUGAUCACCUUUUACGUUUUCGCAUUAAUGUCAGACGAUCCAGCUGUUCUUUUAGUUAAGUUUAGGCAGCUUCAGCAAAUUGUGCAUUUCCUAAUACUUUUACCAUCAUUAAAUCACAGAAAGACAUUAGCGGCUCUUCCAUCAGCGUGAGUCAACUGGUCAACUGCAUCAUUAGUUGAUGAACUCCUACAGCUGUUAUUUCAUCCAGUAGCCUUAUAAUAUAUUUGGAGAAUUUUGUUUAAAGUGUUCCUGGUUAACACAUUUUUUGAUUAUGUUUGUGAGACUUUUUGCAUUUUCUUUCAUCAAUCUUCUUUUGAAAAAAUCAGGAUGUAGCUUUGCAGAUGUUUUCUACAUUGUUUUUUGUAUAAGAAGCAUUAGCAUUGUCAUCAAUGAUUUUUAUAAUAUCUUGUACAAACCUUGUUUCCAUUCUUCAAGCAUUUGUAAUAUAAGCCUUGAUUUUUUUAUUUAUAUAGCAUAUUUUUACAGGUCCUGUUAAUAUCAGAAAAUAGUUGUUAUUUCAGAAGACCACUUUUUCAUAUAUUGCUGCAAACCUGCUCGAUGUCUUCCCUGUGUGCAGGUUUCCAACCUGUAUGGUUCUGUGAGCUGAUAUUAUUAGAGUCACUUCGAUUUGCAACUAUCAAAUUGUGCCAAAUGGUAUGCAUUAUCUUCUUUGGUAUUAUUUGGAGGACUUGUGGGUUUUUUACACUUCCUUUGAUACCAUAGCGGUGCACUUGCUGAUGAACAGAUCAGAAAAAGCUUUCACCUUUUUUUAAUGUUAUUUCUGUAACAAAACUAUUUUUAAGUACAUCUUCAUUUAUAUUGCAGGUGUUUCCGAUGAUGUAAAUAGUGAUCCGUUCCACAAGCUCCUCUUUUAAGUUUUUUGUUUCUGUGUUUUUUCCAUUGGAUGACGCAAAACCAUUAGCUGAUCUACGUUUUUCUGGAAAAGAUUUUCGUCCUCAACAGGAUGGUUCCUUGUACUUUCUUUUUCAUUAUUUGGUUCACUUUUACAAAAUUUCCUGUCUUCAACCUUUUCUCCGCUUCUGUCUGUCAUCUUUAACCAUCAAAGGCCACUGUUUAGCAGACUAGAUCGCAACUUUUUUACUUUGCUCAGCUCUUUACAUUUUGUGACAUUUUUAGGGAGCGUUUAAAUGCUUUUGAUGACCUAUGACUUUAAAUUUUUUAAUAGCUUUUAUAGGGGUCAAGCAAGCAUUUUUUUCUGAACAAAAUUCUGACUUGUGGUCUAUUUGAAAACAUUAAAGAUUUUGUCUCCAAAUAAUUUUCUUGUGUCCAUCACUAAUGGCUUACAGAGUAUUAUUGAAAUAUAAACCGUCAACUCUAAUAUUUUUUGAAAAACUUCAUGUAUUUCGUUUAGAAAUUGUCUAUUCAAACACAAGCUGUGGAUUUGUUAUUUAUUUUUUUCUAGAUUAAGAUAAAGGCCUUUUUAAUGGUGAAGGGGUGCGACUGAUGAGCAUAAUUUUUGCACUAUCACCAGCUGAUUUACAUCAUUUCCUGACUGUAUGCACACCGAUAUUCAUUCCUGUUAUGCACAGUUUAAAUGGCCUCAAAAAUAUUGUGUUGGUUGUUGCCUCUGUGAAAUAUGGCAAACUUGUGAGUGAAAAUCGUUCUACAGGCUACUUCUACUAGUGUUCAAUUUCGUAUUCUGCUACACUGACUUUGUUAGUGUUGACUAAAAAGGUAGCUAAGGUCAAAAAAAGUGCUGCGUGACUUAUAUUAUAUAGCCUAAAGCCUAAAGGUUUGUUUUUUGUCCCUUUUUAAUGCUUUCGGUUUUUAGUUGAUAUCUGUUACAAUUUCGAACUUGUAAAAAGAUAUGUAUUUAUACUUGUGUAUGGUUAGAGUUAUGUUAAAGGAUUAUCAGAACAUCUCGAAUGGCUUAGGUUUACUUCCAAAAUUAUCAACAUAUCAGAUACAAACCUAUGGCUUCUAUGUACUUGUUUUUGGCCUUAAAAUUUUGAAAGUACGUCUUCAUACGUGUGCUUGCAAUCUUUUAUUGUCAACAGGUAUGUAUUGUCGCCAGUAAUUGGUUUAGAAUCAUAGUCAUGUGGAUUUUGGAACGUGGGCUAUUUCCAUUUUGAGAUUUUUCGAUGCAAUUUAACUCUGAAUUGACAUGCUUUCUUGAAGUAUAAAUACAUAUUUUUUACAACCUUAAACAUGCCUUAAAGGGAUUAAAUUUCACAGGAAUUAAAUUUCACGAAUAAAAUUCUAAAAAUUGCAUCUGGCGCAAAGUCGAAUCACUGCAAAAAUUUACGAAAUUAAAUAUAAAAAAUAAUAGUUGUAUUUUUAACGUUUCUUAUUUUAGUUAAACUAAAAUUUUUGACAGUUUGAUUUUCCCCCUGAAAUUUAAGUUCUGAAGAAAUUUAAUCCCGUUAUGGCCACAGCUUGUAACUAUAUAACAUAAGUUUAACGUUACUAUUUUUGCCAGGUUUCCUUUCACCCUAGUGUAUUUUAACGUAGGCUAUUGUUGCUUUCUUUUGAAAAAUAAAUGAAUUAGGAUCAAGACCUCUAUGGGUGAGUGUAUGUGAAUGACAGUCUGAUAUAAAACGAGAAUGCUUUUCUGUCAUCUAGGAAGUAAGAAUGUGAACUAGUUUGUUGUUAAAUAUGUACGCUGUUAGUUAAAUGCUAAAAGAAAAAGGUAAAUUAAAAACAAUUGUUAAAAACCAAGAUUUAGAUUUGGAGAAAGUACAGAGAAAUACACAAAUUCUGUUUGUUCUGGAAUCAUUAACAGCAUAUUAGAGAUAUUGAAAUGCUAAAUAUUUCACUAAAAAUUACAAGAAUGUAUUAUUCAAGACUUUUUUGAAAUCUCAAGCAGAACGAAGAGAUAUCGAUAGCGUUCGUUUCAAGGUCAAAACAGUUGACAAAUAUGACUUAAAAUGAGAAAUAAAGAAAGUGAAGGCUUUGUUACCGUUUAAAACAAAGAACCCACAACCUUGUAAGAUUUAUUAUGGUGUUUCCAGCAGUGGUAUAAUGUACAUAGAAGGGACAAUACGAAAUGAUGGGAUGAGAUGGCCUGAGCAGGAAAACAUAAAUUAACAUUCAGAACCAGCAAAGCACAUUGUCAUAUAUUUGUACGGAAAAUUUAAUCACUUUUAGCACAGAGGAUGAUUUAUAUUGAAAACCUUUCGCUUGAUUUUUAAGCAAUUGGUCUUAAUUUAACUUUUACUUUUACAUAUAAACAAUAAUUAAAAUUAUUUUGGUGAAGUUAUAUAAUAUUGUCAGUCGCAAUGUAUAAGGGGUGUUUGAAAAAGUUACAUAAACCACUACGAAUUGACAAAAGUAAAAACAUCAGCUCUAUUUUUAAUAUGGAAACUUUUUAAAAAGCUGUUAAUAUCUAACUUUCAUAGCACUUUUGGAAGAAGAAGGCUAGAGAACUACCCGUAACAUGGAGCUUUUUUGUUAGGAGAAUGCUCAAGACAACUAAUUAUCAAUGAUAUCAAAAUUUUAUUGGUUGGAAAACAAAGAAUAAGCUGGAGAAUUGUCAAUGGCACCUUUUGCAAAUCAACAUAGAAAGGCUUAAUAACCGCCAAUAAUUUAUUUCCAAAAAAGGCAAAUUUGUUAUGGAGAAUGUACAGGUGUUUAUUUAUCAACAACAUCGAAAAUACAUUGCUUAUUUAGAAAGAAAGGGGAAUAACCUAGAGAAAUAUCAGUGCCAUGACCAAGUUUAAUUGCUUGUCGUUGACACAGGCAGGUCAACGUACUUACAAAGGACAUGGAGAAGACAAGACUCGUUUCUUUAAAAUUAUCAAUAAAAUCAAAAUCCAGGACCUAUUUAGAGAUUAAAAUGAUUAGCUCUAUAAUCCCUGUAAGACUACAUAAUUAUUCAAGACCAAAGAAUUUGAAGAAUGGAAAAGGUAAUACUGGGAAAACCAUAACAACGCUACGUAAUUUUACAUGACAUGGCCAAUGCGAUAUAUAUUUGCAACAUUGAGAAGGCAAAAGCACGUUUAGUUCAUCAUUGAGAUAAACACCAAAUCAAUAAUGGCCUUAUUUAAAAAUCAGCAUGAAAAGGUCCAGGUAUUCUAGGUAAAGGAAGAUUGUUUGUUGAUAAAAGAAAUAUACGGCACUUAAUAAUCAAAGACUUAUAAGACUUAAAAGCAACACUGAAUGGCUCAUGGAUUAACUCUGAUAUGUAGAAGCUAUAUGAUUAUAAAUCGCAUUAAAAAGGAAGGUCCGGGUUCGAAAAAAAGGAGUAAUAACCCCAUUAUGUGGAAACAACAGAAAGGAGCUGGAGAAUUAUCGAAGACAAGGUUAGAAAAUUAUUCACAACAUGGAAAAGACAAGACUCUUGUGUAAAAUCGUUUGUAAAGACACUUAUAUCAUUAACGCAAAAUCCAUGGUCUAUUUAGAAAGCGAAAAGACUCCAAUCCAGUGCUUAUUUUGAAUAAAAGUUGGAUCAGCUAGAGAAUAUAAUAUAACAGGUUAGGUGGUUAUUCGAAACAUGGAGAAGGCAAAACUAAAAAUGAAGUAUCAGCACCAUUAAAUUUAACUACUUAUUCAAAAAAAGACAGUAACGCUGGAGGAUUAUAGAAAACAUGACUAAUCCGAUAUUGUUAUUAAGAACAAGGAAAUGGCAAGUCGCAUUUAGGAAAUCGAUAACAAAAGCACUAAAUUACUAAUAACAUCAAAACCAAUAGCUUUUUUGGAAAUCAGCGCAACAAAAUCCAGGCGUUAUAGGAAAUAGAAGACUUGUUUUGGGAAUAGCAAGAGAAGGCGUUGAAUUAUAACUUACAAAUCUGAACUUUCUUGAAUAUCACAGAAUGGCUAGCUGAUUAUCAAAAACAAAAAAAAGAAAAGACUGCGGUUAAAAUAGAUGAAGUAAUUGUUAUCUAGGAUGUCUUUAUUAUGGAAAAAACUACAGGGAAGACAAGGCCAACGCUUGUAAUUGACAACAUGGAAAAACCAAGAAUUUUGUGUAGAAUAAAUGGGAAAGGCACAAUAACACAAAUUCAAUGGCUUAUUUUAAAAUCACUGCAAAAUGGCCCAGAUAUUAUGGAUGGCAUGUACAAGGCAGGACAAUUGUUGACAACAUGGAGAAGGGAUAAGUCCUUUGAGAAGAAUGGCUAGCAACAACAUCAAAAAUCUGCAGAAAAUUAUCAAUGACAUAAAGUUUACAUAUGUGUAGUGGCAACAAGCAAGCCUUAUCAAAAAUGUGGUACAGGUAAGAGUCGUGUAAAGGAAAAAUGGGAAAGGCACUUAAUUAUCAAUAACGUUAAAACCUAGGACUUAUUUUAAAAUAAACUUAGAAUACUGUGGAAUCAUGGCCAGAAGUUUGGUGUGGAGGAUGUAUGGGUAAUUAAGUAUCACCAGCAUCUAAAAUUUACUGCUUACUUGAAAAAAAAAACAGGAUUAGGGUAAAGAAUUAUCAAUGAGAUGAGAAUUAAUUCUUGUACACUGACAAACUAGACUGCAGUAGUGAAUCGAUUAUGAAAUCCAUGGUUGCUUUGCAAAUUAAUGUGAGAAAUACGUGUACAAAGCUAGAUACAAUUUGAAGACUUUGAAAAGGCAAGACUUUAAAAUGGAUUGGUACUUAAUUAUCAGCAGCAACAGAAAUCGAUCAAAGAAAUUGUGAGUGGCAUGGCCAUGUGUAAACAUAUAACAAAGGCAGAUACUAAUUGAUGACAUGGAAAAUAGAAAACGCAUGGAGAAAAUUGAUGGAGAAGACACAGAAUCAAUAUCACAAAAUCCAUGGUUUAUUUGGAAGUGAAUGCAACAAUGCUAAAUAGCUAAUGGUGGUGUGGCGAAUUCAUGAUCCUUAUUAUGACAUGGAAAAGCAUUACUGUUGUGUGAAAUAUGUCCCAGGAUGACAGUAAUUAUCAUGACAUGAAAAUGUUAUUCCUUAUUUGGAAAUUAGUUAUCAAUGACAUGGACAAGUCUGGAUAUUUUUGUGAUAUGCAGAAGCCUUUUUAUGUGUGGUGUAUGGAAAAGGUACUUUAUUCUCAAUAACGACAAAAUGCCUGUUUGUAAAAGAACGUGGAUAAAGUAGCAACUCAUCGUUAUUAUAAACAAGCCUUAGAUAUGACUGGCUUGGAUGAUGGAUGAAAUGAUCAAUGAUAUCAAGUAGAACUGCUUAAUUAAACAGUAUCAAUGGGCAUGGUUGGAUGCUGAUUCAGGAUGUAAAAAAAGAAAUUAUUACAUGUUUCAAAUCCAAAUAAAAAUUUGCCAAGAAAAAUAUGGUGUGGAUGAAAAAAAAGACUUAUUGCAAAAUUCUUUGAAGGGCACUUUCACUGGCAUCAAUAUCCACCGAUUAUUUGCAGAUCAAACAAAAAGGCUUAAAGAAAUAAUGAUUGCAUAGGCAGGAAAAACAAUGCAAAUAGAAUGGAGAGAUGUUGUAAAUUAUUUAUCAGGUCAAGAGUGCAUUGGUUAAUUAAGGAUUAGAACAAACCUAUCUGAUAAAAAACGGUAAUGGAACAUAUAUGGAAACAAACAGGAUGGCAUUAAAAAUUUAUUCCUUAUUUGGAUAUCUGCAAUUAAAGGCUGAAGAAUUAUCAAAUGCAUGGGAAAGGAUUGAUGCUUUUUAAUCGCAUAGAUAAGAUCGGAUGUAACUUUUUCAUCAAUGGCAUCAAAAAUUCAUUUCCUGUUUGUAGGUCAAUACAAGUAUAAAUAAAGGAUGAAGCACUGGGGAACUUACAAUUACAUUAAUACGUAUCUCAGAGAAACACAAAAAGAAACAUGGUGGUGAUGAAGAUGCAUGGAUGUUUGGUUUUUAUUGAUGGCAUAAAAAUCGAUGGCUUUCUUUAUAUACACAACAAGAAAAUCUUAGAGGGAUCAAUUUAUAAUGACACUAGAAGACUACAAGAUUUUUAUAAUUACAUAGAGAAGUAAGAUUUGAAGAGUAUGUAUUUGAUAGACAAAGCAUAGCAUUUUUCACUUUGUAUGGAACUGUAUCGUGCUAUAUUGAUAUUGUUAAAACUGUUAUUUAUGGUAUUAGACACCCCACCACAGAACCACAAAAAUUGUUUUGUUUUGUCAGAAUCAAAAGUUUUAGACAUUAAAGUACGUUUCAUUCAGUGGGCUUUAAAUCUGAGCAGACUCUGCGUUAAGGCUUGCCCUGACAAUAAAACUGUACAGGGUAAAAAACAUUGUGCUGGUUUUUAUUGGCAGUAAAAUUUCUGCCACGUAUGCCAUCCAUUUUUAAAUCUACAUCUGAUAGAUUUCUAUACAAUUCAAAAGCACCGCCAAUAAAUAUCAGCAUAUUAAUAGCGCAGAAAAUUUGCUACAUUAGCGUUAUUUCUUUGCAAGACACACAACAGAUCUGUGCCAAUGCCAUGCUCGAUUUAACUAAAGGUCAGAUUUUACGCCCCCCUUUGUACCUCACUCAUAAGUCUCUGCAUCCUACUCAACCUUUUUUAUUUUUCUUUGUAAAGCAAUUAUUAGCCUACUAACGAAUAGGGUGUGUUAACACUAAACAGGUUAGAUAGGGGAAUACACGUUAGGACAUUGCCAGAAAUUGCUUAGUAAAAUGGUUAGCACUCGUGCUUACUAUGCUUCUUAAAGACAACAACAAAUACAAUACUUUCAAGACUGUUUAUUAACUGUGUUUUCCAAAGACGAAUGUCAGUGUGCAUACAGUCAAGUUAAGAUGGAGAUCAACUGGUGAUAGUCCAACCCGCAAAGGUAGGUGCUCAUUAGUUGCAGAAUUUUCGUGGCCUUUAUCUGUAAAUUUUUCCUUUGAAUUUAAAUAAUAAAUCCACUGCUUGAGCUAGAAUAGACGUUCAUAUUUGAUUGUUAGGCUACAAUCAUUUUAGUUUAUUUUUGCCUUGUGUGAUAUGCCAUGGUAUUUAAACAGUAUCGAAUAACCAGAUGUGAUAAGAAAAUAUUCUUGUUGUUUUGUCUUUAGUCAUUGAAAUAAAUGGUUGUUGAUUACCAUCAUUAAUUAUGCAAAGUUUUCUUUCCAUGGAUUUUUCAAUAUACAAAUUCAUCUUGUUGUUGUCUGAGAUGCAAAAUCUUCUUCUCAUUAAUUACCCUCAAGUAUGUUAAAUCUUCCUGUCGUUUAUAUAUUAUCCUUCUUUAAUUCCCACCUUUGCUGUUCUUAUUUGUGUAAAUUCGCUUUCUCAUUGAUUUUUCCCUAUAAAUAUAAAAAUUUCUCUUGCUUUGGUUGUCAUUUUUUUUAAUAUGCAAAUUCUUCCUGUCAUUGAUUAUGGGGCGCCGUUAUUGAUAAUAUUGUUAUGUUUUAAUAUAUGUUCUAAUGUUAAAAUAUUCCUUCUAAGUAUACAAAUUUUACGUUCUAAAUUGUGAAUGUAUGUUCUAAUUGGCGAAUUCAAGUUUCAACUUUAAAAUAUUUUAUUUUGUUUUUAAAUAAAACUAUUUUACUUUAAUAUACAAUCUAAUUCUAAAAUAAAAAUUCUGAAUUUUUAUUAAAAAAGUUUUAAUUCUAAAAUAAAAAUUCUAACUUUCAAAUAUAUGGUCAGAAUUUUUAAAUAUAUUUUUUGUAAUUUCAAAGCGGACAUUUCCCCCAUGCAAGUGAUUGAUCUGGAGAUACAAAUAUUCUGUACUUUGAAGUAAAAUUUAUACUCGACUGUAUACUUUCAUUAAAGUGGAAGAUUUUUUUGGCAAACUGAUUUUUCCCAAGAAAUAUAUUAAAAUGCCGAACCAUAAUGAGCACCACCAACUACUAGAUAUAUUCAGGCAUAUAUUUUAGUUUUGUUUGAUAAAGUAGGGCAUCUUUCAGGUUCGGGAGAUAUAAAUACAUUUGAAAACUUUGAUCGUAUUGUGGACACAUUUGAAGUAUUGGAUGUGAUGCAUGAACUAACCGUCCAAGAAGAACAAAGUUUAACUACUGUGGACGAACAGCAGCAGAAAAUGUUAAAUAAUGGCGUAGAACAAUUGUGCCAGUAUUUAAGAAAAAGAAGAAAGUCAAAAAUAGUUUGACAUUCAAAUUUUGACAUUUUUUAAACCUUUUUGCUUCUAGUGUGGUAAAGGUGGAUUAAACAGGAAUUUUCACAUUGAGGUUUGGACCAGCUGUGGUUGGACCACACCUACACAUGUAGUAGUUUGAAAUCAGUUUUGUGACGUUUUGUGGGAAAAACCACACUAACCUGACUGGUUUUUAAGAUCAAUACUUCUGUUUUGAGUGAUUCUUUGCGGAUAACGUUCUUUGAAAUAUAACAACAACAAAAAGUAUAUCAACGGUUAGCAAUGAAUAAAGAUGAACAGAACAAGGAAUUAUAACUAAGAAACUCAAGUUUAAAAAAAAAAUUGAGGAACACACUGGGGGGAAUAGUGAGGGGUGCUAUGUUCUGAUAUGAAGUUUUGUGUGCACAUGUGUGUUGAAAGUGAUUUUUUGAUUUAAAGUUGUUCUUUACUUACUCUUACUUAAUCUUAUUCCUUAGGUCCCAAGCUACGAAGAAAAUGAGUGGCAUAACUUUGGUCCCAUGGGACCAAAUUAGACGACGUCUUCACUUUCACUUUAAGCAAAGAAAAUAAUUUCACAUUUAUAUAUCAUGUUAUAUAUGAUUAGAAAGAGGAGAUCGAGUGGAUCAAAAAAAUGUAAGAACCAUGUCUUCAAAACGUAACGUUUGAAAGAUGUUACUAUUCAAACUUUGUGCAAAUUACAGACUGGUAAUUUACUGACCAAGCACAGAAAUGACUAUAACUUGCUCAAUAGCAAAGUUUUUUGUUUGAAUUUUGGUAUGGUAUUGGGUCACCCCAAUGUCUUUCUGUUGGAUCAAAAUUUAUUGUUCAAAUCACUUUAAGGGAUAAUUUACCGACCAGUAAUUUACAGACCAAGGCCUGUUAUUUAGUUGUUUACUUUGGUUUUAAAAAGCAAGUAGCGAAUUUUACUUAGUCAUUUCGUAUGCAUUAGUAUCAGUAUGAUAAAAAGUUUUGUUUUAUAAUAGUUCGCUUUCAUAGACAUAGAAUUCAAAUGUUCUAUUUCUAGAAAACAUUCUAUUGUUCAAUUUCAUAGCUAGACUGUUUAAUUUCGAAGUGGUGUUAUUGAAGUGUAAUGUGAUCUUUAUAGUAUACACAUACUUGCAUAAUAUAAAAUGAAUAGACCGAAUUAAAAUGGAUGUUAACUGUGUAAAAACAAUGAAUGUGCUGGAUUUUUGGAAAUGUAUAUUGUGCCAGAAAGAUAGAUCAAAAAAGGUACCGCCUUACUUAAACAUUUUUUCCCAUUCCUUUUCUGAGAGAAAGAUUUUUGUUUGACAGUUUAACCAAGAUGUCGUAUUUUGUUUAGAAUGUUGGCAACCCAAAAGAGCAGUAUUUAAAAUAGUUAUUAUCAUGUCUCGAAGAAAGAGUUGUGGUGAAUCGAAGUAUCCAGAUUGUUAGGAAAAACUGAAGUCGUAUGAUAACAGCUUGUUGAAGGAAAGUUUUUAUACCAUUCUGAUUGUUAAAAAAUGGCUACAAAUAAAACAGAGAGAGAUAGGUUAAAGAAACAGCCAGUACCACAAGAGUCUCCUGACAGUUUAAGCUCAUCAUUUGUUGUAUCUGUGAAACAAACCGGAAAAAAACAACUUUAUUUGUCAAGAAAGGGGAGAAAAGAUACAUUGAGUUAAGUCUGAGAUGGUAGCAACAAAGAUGCUUGAGGUCUCGAAGCUAAUAGCAGAUAAAUCAUUUUUCAUCGGUAUGAACAACAUUCUUAACGCUGUAGCGAUAGUAAAUGAUGCCCAAUAUCAUUUAGCAUGUUAGCUGAAAAUUUUGAAAGAGGCUUUAGCAUUACAUCAAGUCAUGUCAAAAUAUGGAAGAUAUAGAUCGCGCACUUACAGAUGUUGAAAUAAUUAACACCAUCAAGCAAUGGAAGAAUCACAAGACAACGUAAUAAGUAUGAAUGAUGGUAACUAUACAUACAACAGCUUAAUGGGAAACUCCGAAAGCAACCAAAUCAAUUACAAGCGAUAUUUAAAGCAAUUGUUAACAGAAAAUAAGACCGCCAUCAAGAACAGAAUCAGAAAGAAUUUUUGCAACCCCGAUGCAAGCAAAAGCAAUCGAGAUAAUGCCACUACAAUAUUUGAGUGCGCAAAACUAGUGCGUGAACAGUUUCUCAACCAACAACUAUGGCAAUUUAAUGGCAGUUAUGAUGGAUUUGUUGUACAAUCACUUAUCAGAUGGUUGAUAAUUGGUCCAAGAAAAAGCAUUGACACUUCAAACAGAAGAGCAUCUUCGAUCGACAACUGUGUUAGUAACAUAUGUCAAUUCAUUAAUAAUUGUUUGAAAACAAAUGGGCAAAGCAACCACAAGCCUAAAAUAGGAACCAGUGAUGGAGGAUUCAGAUAUAAUCGUGAAACACCCUUCACAGUCGGAUGAGGUCUUCAUAUCUAUAAAGAGACUAGGAGUUAAAAGUGUUAGAUUGUUUAUCUGAUCUUAAUUUAACUGUUAGCUACGAUAAAAUCGUGAAAAUUGAAAUAGAAUUAGCUUAUGCAGUUUCAGAGAAAAUGAAAGAAAAUGACGGGAAUCAUGGAACUGGUCAAAUUUCUUUCAAAAGAGCAUCGAACAUCUUCAAAAUUCAACCCCAUAGUGAUACAAAAAUGAAGUUCAUCCACAAUCAAUUCAACAUUGUCAUGUGAGAAACCAAUUCUUCCUGAUGAAACGUUCCCAAGGUUAGAAAUAUUAAGCAAUGAUCUCAAAGCUAAGCACUAUAUCAAAGGAGAUCUAACAUGGUCAUUCUAUCAGACAAAAGACUAAAGAAUUGGAAGCUUGCCAACUUGGGCUGCUUAUAAAUCACUGGUUACAGACAAAGUUGAAAUAACUACCUGCCAGGGUCUUCCUCUCUAUCCUAGCACUCCCAUUGGUCAAAUCAUUACACAGUGCUGAAGAUUUGAACAAGGAAUCAAUGUCAAAUUCACAGGAGAAAACAAAACGAUUGUAUCACUUAUCUCCAGUUGUAUAGUAAGUGUAUGCGGCUACGAAAGAAAAGCACAUCGGUGAAAAUUUCAUAUUCCGUUUGGGUGAAUUGCACAUUGUGUUUGCAGCAUUAAAAAUGAUUGGAAAAUGCAUUGAUGGAAGUGGAAUUGACAAAUUAUUUGUUGAUGCAGGCUUUUACGGCGAAACAACUUUAUCACAACAAGGAAUACCAUAACAGGUCGAGAUUCUGCUCUACGUGAUAUCGAUAUUCGUAAUUUCUUUGAAGACCUUGGUGCAGUACAUGUUAAAGCUAUUCUUGGUUUUCAUACGUUUAUAAGGUGUGACCAAACUGGGCGUUUCAACAAAAAAUCGAAGUCUGCUUGGCUGAAGAUUUUUUUACAGGCAGAUAAUGAGGUGGUUCUGGCAUUAUCAACACUUGGAAGUACUGUGAAACUUCCUAAUCUGGAAACACUGGAAAGCUUAGUUUCGUGGUUUCAAUGUAUAAGGGGAAUAAAUGUACUGCAGACGUCGUAUCACUAACGCAAUUGCGUUCGCAUUUAUUCUCCAUAUUCCAGUACGAUGCUGAUAUGUUGCCACCAACUUCAGCUGCAUUGAAGUACAAAAUAUUCAGGUGUCACUUCAUUUCAAUGGUUUUACGAAGAUCACAUAUCUUCAUUCAACAACUUCCAAAUCCACUCAAUUAUGGUUGGGAAACAGAUGAGGUCGGUAACUUAUCACCCAUAAUGACUGAUGAACUUCCUGCACCGUUGGCACUCAUCGAGUUAAGUUCUUGUAAUUGCAAAACAAGUUGCAUGUCCAACCGAUGUAAAUGUUGCAAAAAUGGUUUUUCGUGCACUGACAUGUGUAAAUGUACGAUGUGUCAAAACAAUGGUGGUGCAAGCGAUGAAUCCGAGUCUGAUGAAUAUAGUUCUAGCGAUGUUUAGUGAAUGAAACAUUGUACAAGCAUUGCUGAAGGUGUUUUUGUCAUUAUUUCAGCAAUUUUUCUAACUUUGUAAAAUUUCCUGAAAGAAAGUAAGUAAAUAACUAAAUAACAUGCUUUAGUCUGUGAAUUACUAGGCUGUAAAUUAUCCCUUGCAGCGAUUUCAACAAUAAAUCUUGAUCAAACAGAAAGACGUUAGGUUGACCCAAUACCAUACCAAAAUUCAACAAAAAAAUCUCGCUAUUGCGCAAGUUAUAGUCAUUUCUGUGCUUGGUCAGUAAAUUACCGGUCUGUAAUUUGCACAAAGUUUGAAUAGUAAUAUCUUUCAAACGUUACGUUUUAAAGACAUGGUUCUUACAUUUUUUUGAUCCACUCGAUCUCCUCUUUCUAACCAUAACAUGAUAUAUAAAUGUGGAAUUAUUUUUUUGCUGGCAGUGAAAGUUUUGACGUCAUCUAUUUUAGUCUUUGCCACCCAUUUUUUUGGUAAUUUGGGACCUAAGGAACAACUUUAAAUCAAAAAAUCACUUUAAACACACAUUUGCAUACGAAGCUUUAUAAUAGAACACAUCAGCCCUCACCACUGUGAGAAAUAUACCACCAGGUGAAAUUUUGUGGAUAAAAUCAUUAGUAAAACCAGAAUCCGUUGCAGUUUCCUCUUUGGAUAUUAUUCUGAUGAACCAGACGGUAUCUGCUGAUGUUAGGUCAGAUGCUAAAGCUACAGUUGGACCUGGAUCAUGGUAAUUACUUUUAUCAACAUUUUCGUGUACAUUUUCACCAUCAUUCUGGAACUUCAGAACGCGGAGAGACUUGUUCAAGGUCUUAACAACUAUGUCAUACUUAGCAAAAGAGGCACUUGGACCAUAUGAGACUAAACAAUUAUCACUAGCGCACAAACGUGGGACAGCUUUAAAAGAAGUUGAACGUGGCUCAAAAACAAGUGCUUGAAAUUAAGAGGAGCCAUAGACAGUCGUGAACUUCAAUGCUACAAGUUUAAGCCCUGGCUAUUUUAAGUUUUUGAUCAUGAAUUGGCAUUAUAGCAUAGUUAGGAUCUUAUUUUUCUUGAAAUUUGCUUUCCAAAAAAAGACACCAUCUUCUCAGUAUUUUGCAAUAAGCCACAAUUACCAAUUUCACUGCGAAUGGCAAUCUUUGCUAUACCCCCAACAUGGUCUACUUUUGAUUUUCUUGACCUGAUAUGUCAUAGAUUUGUAUGACUUUGCAGCCAUUUGAAUCUAAAAGACAUGUCAUUUAUGUCAUCAAGAAAUGUUACCAGUAUUACAGUGAUUAUUAUUGCUUAACGCCAAAGCAGAUGACAAAACAGUGAUACAGAGACAAUGCAUUUCCUAAUACUUCAUCACUAUGAUUAGGAAUCAUAUCCUUGAGGUGCAUGAAUUUCUCUUGACUAGUGACCUUUCUACUGCAAAUUGGUUUCUGCUGAGGUAAAAUAUCAUUGACUUGGUUUUCUUCUUGAAGUGGAGGUUGUUCCAACUGUUCAUUGGUGAUGUCAUUGACUUCAUUGUCAUUGUUAUACUUAAUUUCAUGUUCAGAAUCUUGUUCUUGAUCAAUAAAGUUAACAGUUGGCUUGAUAUAAACAGCACGUUGACCUGAAAAAUUAUUAGCACAAGCAGCACAAUAUUUCACUCCAGGUGCAAUGGUUCCAAAAGUCAUACUGGUUGUAGUAUGGUUAACUUUAGUGCCACUUUUAAAAUGCUGGUGGUGCUAAAGGAGAUAAGGUGCAGGAGAAGGCACUGUAGUCUGCUGGCGCAGCAGCUGUAGCAGAAGACUGGUCAAGGCUGAGAAUAACUGCACGGGUCUUGAAGAAGUUCGUUUGCCUGUUUAGCAAUGUUUGAAAGGGACUUUCUGAUUUAAUUCACCAUUUAAUGAAUCCAUUUUAAAAUUUACACUUCUUGUUUACAGUUUUUUGACCGUCUGCCAAAAUAAUAUCAGAAAAUCAGGGAAAAAGUUGUGGUGAGACACUGGGAACGAAGUUAAAAUCUUAUGCGUCCCCAAUGCAUCAUGCCAUGGGGAAUAAAAAUAAAUACACCAUAAGGAAAAAAGUGAACAUACGAAAUGAAUUUAAGUUUAUAUAUUUUUUUUUUUAAUGGAUCAUUAUAUUAAAUAAGGAAUGAACAAACAAAGAAAUUAGGUUUUGUAAAUUUAAAGGUAUUAUAGAGUUAUAAAACAGAUAUGAUAACAAAUGGAACAUAUAUAAAAAGGAUAUACAAGAUAGAAUGUUGUUCAUAAUGGCACCCCAUAAUUCAAGCAUGUCCCUAAUUCUUGCUUUUACUUUUAAAUAUGCAAAUUUUUCUUGUUUUUUGAUUACCACCUUUCAAUAUGCAAAUUCUUUUUGUCAUUGAUUGCUGUCUUUAAUUCUUCUAAUUCUCCUCAUUGGUAGUUAUUAUUUUUAAAUAUGUAAAUUCCUACUACUACUACUAAUCGGUACUUGUUAAAGAUAUGGAGAAGACAACACUGGUUUUUUAUAAAAAGAUGAGAAAGGCGCUUAAUUAUAAAUAACAUCAAAAUCCAGUAAUUAUGAUUAUUCUAAAAAUGGGAAAGCGACAACGACGUUACAGAAUGAUAUAUGACAUGGCUAAUGCGAUAUAUAUUUACAACAGGAAAAGGCACAUUUAGUUAAUCACUGAGAACAACAGUAAAUCAUUAAUCACCAAUUUGGAAAUUAGUACAUGAAAGGCCCAGGUAUUCUACAAAAGGGAAGUUUUGUGUGAAUAAAAAGAGAAGAUGCUUAAUUAUCAGUAACGUCAAAAUAUAAGACUUCUAUAAAUCAACACUGAAUUGCUCCAGGAUUAACAUGUGGCAUGUACAAGUUAUAUGAUUUAAGGGAAGACAGGGUUCGAAAGAAGAUGGGUAAUUAGCUAUCAGGACAUGAAAAGUUACCUUUUAUGUGGAAAACAACAGAAAGGAGUUAUAGAGUUAUCUAAGACAAGGACAGCGUUAGAACAUUUAUGCACAUUAUUUGUUAUUAAGUAACUUUCUUUGCAUAUGUAAACCUUCUCGUAUUCAAAUUCGCUUACUCAUUGAUUUCCCCCUAAAAAUAUUCAAAUUCUUCAUGUCGUUGAUAAUUGCUUUUAUUAUGCAAGUUUUUUUUUGCUGUUGAUUAUCUUUUAAGUAUUUAAAAUCUUCCUGUUGUUGAUUACUGCCUCUCAUUUUGCAAAUGUUUCUUGUAUGUGAUUAUCGACUUGAAGUAUUAUUCUGCCUGCCAUUGAUUACCGCCUUUUAUUAUGCGAGUGUUUCUUCCAGUUGGUUAUCGCCCCUAAAUAGUUGAAUUUUUCCUUUUGGUGAUCACAGUCUGAUUAUUAUGCCAGCUUUUCUAGGGUUGAUUAUCGUUUUUAAGGAAUUGAAUUCUUUCUGUCUUUGCUUGCCACCUGUUUUUAUGUAAAUUUUUACAAUUAAGCAGUAGCUUUAAGCGUAUCAAGCAACGAGAAUUUUGGCCCAGUCUGGUGACACACUGAUUCAGUAUUCUGCUCGCUGAUUAAGUAUACAGAAUUAAAUUACAUCUUUUACUGUCUUUAAAUAUGCGAACUCUUAUUGCUAUUAAAAAUGCUGUUGGAUAUGCAAAUUCCUAUUGCCGCUGAUUACCGCUUCUUAUAUUCACUUUGUUUUUGUCGUGGAUUCACUUAUGUGCCUUUAAAUAUUGUUUAUUACUGUCUUUAAAGAUGGAAAAAUUACCCAUUGAUGAUUUUCUUUUAACAUACGAACAGUCAUUUUGUCCGGAAUAUUUUUUUGUGAACAUUGUAUUUUAAUUUGAAGAAAAACACCAUCCUAAAAUAUUCAGAGUUAUCGUUGGUGAUUAUAGCAGAUCUUGUUGUUAGAAACAUACAGUUAGCCUUCCGUUUAUCUGGAACGGCACUGGCAGUGUAGCAUUUGGUUGGAAGUGGAUGAAAUAGCUAGAAUUAAGCGAACUUGCGUUUCUUAUCGCUUUCCUAUUUUUUUUCCCAAUAUCUCUCUCGCUUGAAAAUGUUUGGAACUUUUUUGUUAACCUUUAUAACACUUAAAGCAACCUUCCAAGUCAACAUGUUAGAGCGCAUAUUUUUAGUUUUGUAUAUUAUACUUUUUAUCUAUUUUUACGUACUACUUUUUUAUUUACUUUUGAAGUAUUGAGUUUGCUUACAUAUUGACAUAUUCCUGGAUUUGAACUAGUGUGGAGGAGUUUAUUUAGGAGAACCUAAGUAUGGCUGUUUGCUCGAGUUUUACGGUAUGAAGCGCUGUUACAUACAGCUUUAUAUUUUUGCUAGAAAUAUAACGAGUUUUGUUAAUUUUUUAUUGUGAUAUGUUGUUAAUACCGUGAAAUCUUGAGUGAACGCCCUGGAUUUGAACUAGUGUGGAGGAGUUUAUUUAGGAGAACCUAAAUAUGGCUGUUUGCUCGAGUUUUUACGGUAUGAAGCGCUGUUAAAUACAGCUUAAUAUUUUUGCUAGAAAUAUAACGAGUUUUGUUAACGUAUGUAUUUUUAUAUUUAUAUGGUUUAUACUGAGGUAGAUUGUAACAUACUUUUGUAAAUAUGCAUAUAAUAUAUGUUUUUAUAUAUAUGUAAUAAAUUGUUUAGUUUAAUACACGUCUCCUUGUGUCUUCGAGAUAAGGGUUGUGAGAAAUCCUGAUUUUUAUCAUCAACUGAGUUCAUACAAUAAGAUUUUAAACCCCCUGGAUGAACCUGAUAGAUAUAAUAAUGUAUUAAGAUAGGUAUUCUGCAAAUAAACGAGAGAAGGAAGCGGUCGAAUUGAUUAUUUUGCACUGAAUUGACUGUAUCUUGUGUAAAAUUUUAUGAAACAAAGAUGUUUUGCAGCAUUUAAAAAUUUAUGUCAUGUUGUCAACUCCGUCAGUCCGUUAGUCAAGAAUUUUCAAAUUGUUAAAAUGCCAAGAACGAGUCAGGAAUUUUGUAAACUGAUGCAAUUCUACAUCUGAGCUUUAUGAAAAACUCAAGUGUUUUUAAAUGCUGUUGAGAGCUAUAUGUAAAUGAUUACAACAAAUUUAUAUAGUUAAUUUGACAGAGCAAAUGAUCAGGCACUUUUGGUGAGAAAUAGGAGUCUGGUCCGUUAAAAGUGUUUUACAAGAUUGCUCCAAAGUUGAGAAACAUCCAGACCGAGUGGUCUUUGUGCUAUUUAAAAGUAAAAUUUAGUUUGCCAAGAUUUGGCCUAAAAUGCAAUCCAAGAUUUGGCCUAAAAGGCAUUCAUCCGCAGCUAAAUGCUAAACUAACUAAAAAGCAACCAGAUGACAGACCUUGCGAUCUAAAAUUUGCUCCCCUGAACUUUAAAUAUUAAACGAGGUUUUUCAGGGGAAGUAAGAAGUAUGUUUUGCCCACAAACUGAGAUCAAAGGCUGUAACUAUUUUUACCCGCUUUAAAGUAGCUUGGCAACUACUUCACUUGUAUUUUACGCGUUUCAAUCCACAUAUAGCAUUUCUGCGGCUCUCAGCUUAAGAUUCUAAGCACAGGAAUCUAAAACAAAUAAGUCACAAGUAGCUGCAAAGCAGACUGCCUUAAAAUGUGAAUUCAUUAACUUUAAGACGAAGGCACUUGAGUGAGAAGGUCCUGCACAAAUCAGGAGGGCCGUGUCAAAUCCGAGUAAAUAAAGUUUAAUUGCCCUUAACUCUACUAACAGUCUAUGGAUGCACUUUUUAGGGAUGUUUAAAUAUCCACUGGUCAUGCUUAACACUUCCUUUACACGUAGGCAUUAGUUAAUGCUGUGAAAUAAGCAGGUGGUAUUAUUUUCUUAGUCAAUUAACUUUGAGUUGUGCCGGGUUGAACGGUUUGUACAGAAAAAGCAUGUCGCAUAUUCAUAAUACCCUUUUUUACAAAAACUUUAUCACAACUUCGCUUUAAUAAAAAAAACACAAGAAACAACCCGACCAACGUAAACAUUCACUGAGUAUUUAAUUUCUUAAAAUAGAUU